UUGGACACACGUGGAGGAAUCGACGAAAAUUGGUAUGAUUUUGGUAUUUUUUGAAGAAUUUGAGGUCUUGCAGCGAUUUGACAGGGAAAUUAGGUGUUUUCAAUGAUUUUCCUAUUAAUCCCAAUAUUUCCAAUGUUUUCUAGUUAAAAUUAUACCAAUUUCAACUGAAAAACUCAAGUUUUAGCUAAUUUAUAAGCAAAAAUUCAUAUUUCUUUAAAAAUCCUGUUUUACCCAGUUCUUGGGUCUCGACACGCUUCUAACAGCAAAUCCUAUAUACAUUUAAAUAUACUGUAUUUUUCUGAGCUCUUUAGAAUCUCUAAAACCCAAAAAUCCCCCCAGAAACCCGAAAAACGGUAAAAAAAGAAAGAAUAAAUUAGCAGGGACUAGUCGGCACCUAGGCCAAGUUUAUUUAAUAAAAAGCUCGGCCACACAGUGUAAUAUGCUCAAAGUGCACCAAAAGCUCCACGUUUAAUUAAUUAGCCUCGAAUUUUAAUUUCUCAGGUCAAAUGUGAUGUCUUGGAAAUUGCUGCUCGCCUGUAUUAUAGUUCAUUUGAUCCUUCUCUACUCGAUUUUUGAUGUUUAUUACACUUCUCCUGUGAUCCAAGGAAUUCAACCGCAUUUUUUGACGAAUGCCGAACCACCGGCGAAAAGAAUCGUGAUUUUCUCAGCUGAUGGAUUGAGAUAUGAUACAUUCAAUGAAAAUCCCGACAAAUCUCCCUAUUUACAUCAAAUUAUCCGCGAAAGACAGGGUAUCUCAGGCUUGUCGCUAAGCAGUGUCCCAACCGAAUCUCGACCUGGACACGUGGCAAUUUUUGCGGGAAUCACGGAAGAUAUCAGCGCUGUUGCGAAAGGUUGGAAGAAGAAUCCGGUGAAAUUUGACAGUGUCUUCAAUCGCUCCACAAAUUCGUAUCUUUGGGGAAGCCCGGAUAUUGUGGGCCUUUUUGAUGAUUUGCAAAAUGUUCGCGGAUUUUCGUAUAAUGAAGAUGAGGAGGAUUUUGGAUCUAAUGACGCGUGGAAAUUGGAUGAUUGGGUAUUCAAGAAUUUCGAAAAGUUUCUAGCGGGUUUAAAGGCGCACAAGGAGGAGAAGCUGAAAUUUGAGGAGCCUGGAAAUGUGAUGUUUUUGCAUUUGUUGGGAAUUGAUACGAAUGGGCAUGGAAAUAAACCGCAUUCGACACAGUAUAUUGAAAAUAUACGGGGUAAGUGGGGCCCGCCUUUUAGGCCGGCCCGAAGUUUUUUGAGCCCAAAUUUGUCUCCAGGCCUAAACCUAGGCUUAUCUGGACUCAAAAAAUCCCAUUUUUCUUCCAGUUGUCGAUGAUGGAAUUGGCAAAACCGCCCAACUCAUCUCGGAAUAUUUCAACGACUCAAAAACGGCGUUCAUCUUCACAUCAGAUCACGGAAUGACGGAUUGGGGCUCGCACGGAGCCGGAACGAAUCAAGAAGUCUUGACACCAUUCUUAGCCUGGGGAGCCGGAAUUCGAAAAGGCGGCGCUCGAGUUACGAUAAAUCAAAUUGAUCUGGCUGCGCUGAUUUCGAUUCUGAUUGGAAAACCGAUUCCGGUGAAUUCGAUGGGUGUUUUGCCGAUUCAUGUGAUGGAGAAUCGCGAAAGUUCGAUGAAAUAUGAAUUUAGAGCGAGUUUGGCCAACUUUUUGCAGGUAGGAUUUGGGCUUUGGGACCAAAAAACAAUUCUGAAAUUUGAUAUAAAAAAGAUUGAAUGCGCAAUGAUUUAUUGAGAAAAAAACACGACAAUUUGAUUAUUUUCCCAUUUUCAAAGUCAAUGGCAAUUUUCCCAUUCGCAUUUUCGAUGGCUCUUUUCCCAUUUUCAAAGUCAAUGGUGAUUUUCCCAUUCUCAUCUUUGAAGCUUCAGUGAACAUGAAAUUAGCCGCCAAAAUAGCCAAGAAACAGAAUACAAUUGAAAAGUUCAUUUUUCGAAUAUUUUUUGAUGGAAAAAAUUGAAGGAAUCCACAUUUUAUACCAUAUAUUUUUCACAUAUUUUGCAUUUUUCUAUUGUUCGGGAUACGAUGGGAAAAAAACUUGGAUAUUCAGAUUCUUGAAUAUUUAAUUUUUCUGAGGGGGUGGUUUUUCUGAACAAAAAUAAAAACAAUGAAUUGGCCAAAUAUGAUUCAUUCAGGUAAAAGUUCUCAAAUUGGAUGUUCAAUAGAAGUAAUCUCGAGAUUUUAAAAAAUAAAUGGUGAUAAUAUUUGAGUAUGGAACGCUUUUCUUGGUUGAAAAAUAACACAGGACACAUAUUCUAAUCAAAUUUGAGUUUUUGUAUUUACACGUGACGUGCAAUCAGUGAUUUUCGAGAAUUUCAAUCAUAAGGUUGGAGAUAUAUAGUUCAUUCUAAAGUUUAAGUCAAAUUAUACCAUUUUUCAUUAAAAAUCAGAAUUGAUAAGCUAUACUUGACUAACCGCUCACAUAACGAACAGCCUGCCUACGUGAUUAGCCCUCCUGAAAAAAAACUUAUCCUAUCAGAUUUGUAUGAAAAUCAUUUUUGAAGCUCCAAAAAUCCUGAAUUCUCUAACUUAACUUAACUUAACUUUUCAUAACUCAUAUUAUGAGCGUUUAGUCAAGUAUAGCUUAUCAAUUCUGAUUUUUAAUGAAAAAUGGUAUAAUUUGACUUAAACUUUAGAAUGUUGAUUUAGAAUGAACUAUAUAUCUCCAGUUUUAUGAUUGAAAUUGUCAAAAAUCACUGAUUGCACGUCACGUGUAGAUACAAAAACUCAAAUUUGAUUAGAAUAUGUAUGUGUCCUGGGUUAUUUUUCAACAAAGAAACGCUUUCCAUACUCAAAUAUUAUCACCAUUCAUUUUAAAAUCUCGAGAUUACUUUUAUUGAACAUUCAAUUUGAGAACUUUUACCUGAAUGAAUCAUAUUUGGCCAAUUCAUUGUUUGAUUUUCGUUCAGAAAAACCACCCCCUCAGAAAAAUUAAAUAUUCAAGAAUCUGAAUAUCCAAGUUUUUCUUCCCAUCGUAUCCCGAACAAUAGAAAAAUGCAAAAUAUGUGAAAAAUAUAAAUCGCCCUCUCAUUAAAAUCCCGUAAGGUGAAAUUUAUUUAGAAAUGUUCAUUUCUCCCGGUCACGUGAAAUUCUGAUAAAUAUAUAUUUCUCAAAAAUGCUUCAUUUCUUACCUACACGUGUGGUGUAGGCGGGGAGAGUGAUGCCUUCCAAUCAGGCAACCCUCCUUCUUUUGUGGGUUCGAGCCCCACUCGGAAAAAAUUUUUCCCUAUAUCGAGUAAUGCAGAUUUUCGGAAAUUUUGUUCGUUUCUCCCCAAAAUUGCGAAAAUUCGACAUUCCAACGCGGCAAAAAAGAAAAAAGAAGAUGGAGAAGAGAAAGCUUAAUAAAAAGAGAAAAUCGAGAAAAUAUCAUGCGUGACCCAUGAGCGAAAAAGGCUGAUUCUUCAGAUACUAUUGGCAUUGUUCAAGAAUUCCUAAUUCCUAACGGGCCAAGAAUGUUAUUCAAGUCUUCAAUACGAGAAAAAGAUUGAAUAAGUUUUUUUUUUGAAAAAUUUAUCCUUUAUCCAUGGCAAAAUUAGGAAGCCUUCCUAAUUUUGCCACGAAUCAUUUUUUGAUCAAAAAAUUUGAAAUUAUCUUUAUCUAAAUUUGGUCGUAAUUUUCUUUCAAUUUUUUUUUAGCUUCAAAGUUCGUUCUGAGUGGCUUACUCAUGUUAGUAAGCCACUCAGAACCAACCAAAUUUAGAUAAAGAAAAUUCAAAUUUUUUGAUCAAAAAAUGAUUCGUGGCAAAAUUAGGAAGGCUUCCAAAUUUUGCCAUGGAUGACGUCAUCAAACUAUUUUUCAUAAAACAUAAUUGAAUCUCUUUUUUUAUUUGAAUAAUUAUAGACAUGACCGUCUCCAAAUAGAAAUUUCGGUUUGGAGACAUGACUUUUUCUCAAUAAUUUCAUUUCUGGAUGAAAUUCUGAAUUUUCUUGUUUUUUUAACAGUGUUAAAAAUUUCCAUUCAAUUUUUUUCAGCUUCAAAGUUGGUUCUGAGUGGCUUACUAAGCCUAAGCCUGAGAGGAAGUGUCAUUUAGGUCCAAACUCAUCGAUUUCAUUUUUACAUUUUUGGAUUAUUCCAAAUCUGUUACUUUUUUUUUGUUGACUUUAUACACGAAAAUCAAAAUUUUUUGAAAAAACUCAAAAAAAAGAUUUUUUUUUGGAAAAACUUCGAGUUUUUCUUUCAAACAAGUUUUUCAAACAACAAAAAAAAAAUCGGCCCGAGUUUUUUAAAAAAAAAUCGGCCCAAGUUUUUCCAAAAAAAUCGGCCCGAGUUUUUUUUGUUGUUUGAAAAAAAUCGGCCCGAGUUUUUCCAAAAAAAUCGGUCCGAGUUUUUUCAAAAAAAAAUCGGCCCGAGUUUUUCCAGAAAAAAAAUCGGCCCAAGUUUUUCCAAAAAAAAUCGGCCCGAGUUUUUCCAAAAAAAAUCGGUCCGAGUUUUUUCAAAAAAAAAUCGGCCCGAGUUUUUCCAGAAAAAAAAUCGGCCCAAGUUUUUCUAAAAAAAAUCGGCCCGAGUUUUUCCAGAAAAAAAAUCGGCCCAAGUUUUUUUUUUGUUUGACAAAAAUACCCGCCCAAAUGAAAAUUUCGAUUUCAGCGGGUAGCUGACAAAAAUUGAAAUUUUGAUUUUCGUGUAUAAAGUCAACAAAAAAAGUAACAGAUUUGGAAUAAUCCAAAAAAUGUAAAAAUGAAAUCGAUGAGUUUGGACCUAAAUGACACUUCCUCUCAGGCUUAGGCUUAGUAAGCCACCCAGAACCAACUUUGAAGCUGAAAAAAAUUGAAUGGAAAUUUUUAACACUGUUAAAAAAACGAGAAAAUUUAGAAUUUCAUCCAGAAAUGAAAUUAUUGUCUCCAAACCGAAAUUUCUGUUUGGAGACGGUCAUGUCUAUAAUUAUGCAAAUAAAAAAAGAGAUUCAAUUAUGUUUUAUGAAAAAUAGUUUGAUGUCGUCAUCCAUGGCAAAAUUUGGAAGCCUUCCUAAUUUUGCCACGAAUCAUUUUUUGAUCAAAAAAUUUGAAAUUUUUCAUGAAUUUGUUUUCCACUGAAAAUUGAAAAUAAUCACAGAAAAAAGUGAAACUGAAAAAAAUGAGAAGACUGUUACGCCUGGGGGCUAACAGCCCCUAGUCAGGAUUCCUUCAAUUUUUUCCAUCACAAACAUUCGAAAAAUGAACUUUUCAAUUGUAUUCUGUUUCUUGGCUAUUUUGGCGGCUAAUUUCAUGUUUAUUGAAGCUUCGAAGAUGCGAAUGGGAAAAGAACCAUCGAAAAUGAGAAUGGGAAAAGAGCCAUCGAAGAUGAGAAUGGGAAAAUCACCAUUGACUUUGAAAAUGGGAAAAUAAUCAAAUUCUAGAUUUUUUUCAAUAAAUUAUUGAGCAUUCAAUCUUUUUUAUAUCAAAUUUCAGGAUUUUUUCGACUAAUUCGAGAUAAAAAUAAGUUUUAUUUUCAGCUCAAAGAGCAAAUAAUUGCUCUCCGUGACGUCAAAUCACAUCGUUUCUGGUUCCAUCAAUUUCCCGAAUUCAAUGACAAAUCCAUGGCAAGUCUUGAAUCGGAAAUGCUGAAAUUGGCGAGAGCACGACGUUUCGAAGCCGCUUGUUCGCUGUUUUCUGACAAAUCACAUUUGCUCAAAAAAGCUAUUGUAUUCUAUCAUCGAUACGAUCGAAAUCUGUUGGGAAAUGCGAUUUCGUUGACGUUUGCCACGUGGAUUUUGUUGAUUUUUGCGAUGUUGACGCAAGAAUCAGCUGCGACGACAAAAUCGCAUUCUCCAGAGAAUUGGCGAACCUUGGCACUACCCAACAAGUUUUUUGCCAUGUUUUUGGGUCUUGCCGCGAUAUUUGCUGUUUAUUGUGGAUUAUCGAUUAGUCAGAGUGUUUAUGUCAUGCUUCCUGUCUAUUUGUUGGCGGUUUUGGAGAAUUUUGCGAAGGUAUGGUGAUUUUUUCGUCUCGAGACCCGAAAAUAAUUGUAAAUCAUUAAAUUACGGACAUUUUGAGGUACAGUACUCCGAAAUUUCGCUCCGAAACCUUAGAAAUUUGGUAGAUCAGAAAAAUUACCUACAGUAUCUCAUGUGCCGUUCAAAAUUCCGGUUUUUCGUCUCGAGACCCCAGAAAAUUUUUGAAGAUCAUUAAAUUACGGACAUUUUGAGGUACAGUACUCCGAAAUUUCGCUCCGAGACCCUAGAAUUCUGGUAGAUCACAUAUUCUCGGUCGCUUUUUGAAGUACAGUAAUUUUAGUUUCGCUACAAGACCAUUUUCAGUUCUAGAUCUUACAAUUUUUCAACUUUUGAGGUACAGUAACCUUUCAUGUACCCUUAAAAGUAUUCAAAUUUUCGCCUCGAGACCCAUUUUUCACCUACAGUACCGCUCUAUGUCCCUUUAAAACGUCUAAUUUUUUUUCAGAUUUCCACAAAGUUGUCGAAAUUUUCAAAAUCUGCAUUUUCGUCGAAAAAAUUGCUGAAUAUCGAUUUUUUGGUUAAACCAUUUUUGGGAUUUGUUGGAAUUUGUGAGUUUUUUUUUGUUGCCAAAAAAUCCACGUGGCAAUUUUUUGCAGCUGUAAUCAUAUUGAUUUUUGUGCUCACAUUUAUCGAUCGGAAAUUUUUGUCGCUGGUUUUUGGAAUGCUUCUUUUUCUACCGUAUGCCUACAGUACUCCGAUUGUUGGAUAUUGGUAAGAAAUUCGGACAUAAAAUUAAUUUUAGGUUGAAAAUUUCGAAAAUUAUGAUUUUUAGCUCAAAAUUAGUCAUUUUUGGUGAUUUUUAGCUCAAAAAUUACCAAAAAAAAUUUUUCAGGUGGAAAAAUUCAGAAAAGUUCGAUUUUUAGUUCAAAAUUCGUUAGUUUUCAUGACUUUUACACCAAAAACCACCAAAUUAACCCGAAAAAAAAUCCCGAAAUCAAUUUCAGGUCAAAAACGUGGCGUCUCCUUUGCAUUUCACUUCUUCCAUUCCCAUUUUUGCCGGCCGUUGGAAUUUCUGCAAAUCUUCCAAUUUGCAUCAUUUCUCCACUACUUUUAUCGAUUGUUUGUGAAAAAAUUGCAAAAUGUGCGAUUUUUCGCACUAGAAAUCGCGAAAAUUUGCGAUUUUUUGCGAUUUCCAACUUUUUGGUGGCGAUUUUCAUAUUUUUGGUGCAUUUUUUGUUCGAAAAACCGCCGCAUAUUGCGAGAAUUUUAUCGUGGAUAUCGAUUCCUUGGGCUUUUUUGGCACCAAAUUUGAUGACGCAAAGGUUUUUGGUGGAUCGAUUGGUGGCUUAUGCGUUGGCGUUUUAUGUGAGUUUUUUUGAGCACCAGAAGUUAGAGUGACUCUGAAAUUUGACUGAAAAUCGAUAUUUUCAUGCGAUUUUCAGCCGAAUUUAAUCUGAAACUUGUCAGAAAUCCCAUUUUUCAUCUGAAAUCAUAUGUAUAAAGGCUUUACAGAUGAAAAAUGGGAUUUCAGACAAUUUUCAGAUUGAAUUUGGCUGGCUUGCGGAAGCUAUGCCCAAAUUUUGAUUUUUGGUUGAACCAUUUUCAUCCCAAAAAUAUAUCAGAAUUGCUGAAAAUCCAAUUUUCCAUCUGAAAUUCAAAAUUACAGCUGGAAAAUUGGAUUUUCAGCCAGGGACGCGGAAGCUAUGCCCAAAUUUUGAUUCAAAAGUAUUUUCCAUUUUCCAGAUUCCAUAUUCGCUGCUCUCAAUCUCUUACGAAUCCCUCUUUGUUCUACUUUUCCUUCCACUUUUGGCCCUUUUUUUGCGCUUCGAAUUUGGUCAUUUAUCCGACGUGGAACUAUUUCAAAUUGCGAAUUUUGGCGCCAAUUUUUCUCCGCCGCCAAAUUCAAAUUUUUUCGUCGAAAUUCGCCGUGCUAUCGUCUGCGUCUCUUUUGUUCUAUGCACUCUUUUUGGAACUGGCAAUUUUGCGUCGAUCAAUUCAUUCAAUCCAUCAACUCUCAACUUGUUUAUCUCGGUUUUUAGGUGAGUUUUUGGGUUUUCUUUCCUUAUUUGCAGCUAUAAAAACUUGAUAAUCCAAAAUUGUUUCACUUCGGCAAAAAUUCUUAUUCUCAUUACUUUUGAGUGAAAUUUUGAUUAAAAAAUUCUAAAUUUUCAAAAACAAAAAAAAUACGUUUCAAAAUUUUGAUAUAAUUUAUUAUCAAAUUAUUUUUCAAUUAGUCAGUUGUAUAUUUUCCCUGCGAAAAGCGAAGUUUGAAAGACUUCCGGGGUUCUCAAUUUUUAUUAUUGUCAAUGGCCUAGAAAACCAAGACUACAGUAGACUUCGCAAAAUUUUGAAGUCUAUUUGAAAAAUAAAAUGCGAAAACUUUCUUGAUGUUUGGGUUUUCGUAUUCAGAAUAAAUUAAAAACAAAAUUCUCAAAAUUUGGAUGAAAAUUCUGAAUUUAUCGAUAGAUAGAGUAGUACAAAGCUGAGAAAAUUUUUUGAUGAAAUUUGAGAAGUUUUCAAGAUACAGUACUCUUUGCAGUCUGAGGUGGAUAGGUACAGUAACCUGUGGGCUACAGUAUACCUUGAAGUUUGAGUUUGAAUAGAUACACUAUCCCUUUGGUUACAGUCUAUCUCUACAGUAACCCUCAAGCUACAGUAACCCUCCAGAUACAGUAAUCCUUGCAGUCUGAAGUUGUCAACUACAGUAGUCGUUGUAGGCUGGGAGCUACAGUAACCCUCAGGCCACAGUAAUUCUUGCAGUUUUGAAAAUCCCUGAGGCUACAGUAUGCUUUGCAGUUUGGAUUUAAAUAGGUACAGUAAGUAACCUGUUGGAUACUGUAUACUUUGUAGUUUGGGUUGAAAUAGGUUAAUUAGCCAACAGGCUACAGUAUACCUUGUAGUCCGAAUUAGCCUCAUACUACAGUACUUCUUGCAGUUUUGAAAAUCCCUGAGGCUACAGAAUACCUUGUAGUUUGGGUUGAAACAGGUUAAUUAGCGAACAGAAUUUGAAGUUCAACUUGAAUUUUUUUCAAAAUUUCAAAAAUUUGCAAUUUUCCAGCCCAAAAAUCCCGCUCAGAAUUUUGUUCAAACAAAAAUCCUAAUUUUGUUUCAGUCCCUUCACAAUGGCCUUCCUUCUAAUCAUCAAAUUGUUACUGCCAAUUUUGUGUGUUUCGCUGACAUUUUCAGCGAUUUGUCGAUUCGAGAAGCUGGAAAUUCGAAGAUUGUGCUGUACUGUAUUGAUUUUGACUGAUUUCAUGUCAAUGGUAUGUUUUUUGGGCUGAAAAUUUCAAUUUUUCUGAAAUUUCCACCUGAAAUUCGCUGUUUUUCAGUGUUUCUUCCAUCAAUUAAAAGAUGAAGGAAGUUGGUUGGAAAUUGGAAUGAGUAUAUCUCAAUAUAUCGUGUCAAUGUGCAUUUCUCUAGCAUUGCUCAUAUUAUUAUCAUUAUCCACUUCAAUGAUGUCUUUCGAUUUUUGGAUCAUUUUUGAGAAGAAGAAAAAACGGGUGGAAGAAGUUGAAAAAUGUGAUGAAAUUCAAGAGGAAAUUACUGAAAAUCUCGAAUUUUCAGCAUAA